AUGUUUUUAUAUUUUUAUUUAAUAAUUAUUAAUUUAUUUAUUUUUGUUUUAACUCAAAAACAACAAAUUAUUAAACCAUUUAAUUUUCAAAAAGAAAUUAAAAAAGAAGAAAAAAUAAAUGAACAAAAUCAACAACCAUUAGAUAAUGCUCCACAUAUGUUGGAAGGAUUAAAAAAUAAAAAUAAAAGUGUUGAAAAUAAUAAUACUUUAGUCUUAGAUAGAGGUAAAAAUAAAUAAAGUUUAAAUAGAGGUAAAAUUAAUGUAAAGCAACUAGCUAUGUAUAUAUUUAUA